AUGGUAAUUUCCACAAUAAAACUUCCCAAUACCCUUUUGUUUCUUUCGUCGUUACUAAUCAUCUCGAUUGGGCUUAGCGUUGGAGCUAAUGUCCCUACUUACCUCUUCCACAACUGCACAAACACCACCACUUACACCCCUAACAGCAUCUACCGAAUUAAUCUCAGAAACCUCCUCUCCUCCCUUGCUUCCAAUGCCUCCACCAGCGAGUCCCACAGCACCACCGCAGGUGAUGAAGGCUCCUCCUCCCCUGUCUACGGCAGCUUCUUCUGCCGCGGAGACGUCAACACCACUGCCUGCCGUGACUGCGUCACCUUCGCCGUCAAAGACGUCGUCAAAUGGUGCCCUGUGCAGAAGGAGACCAUGAUAUGGUACGACGAGUGCCAAUUGCGCUACUCCAACCGGUCGUUCUUCGGCACCGUAUACGAACUCCCGAGAAUCUCUCUUCUGAACACGGCCAACGUCACUAACCCCAACCGGUUCAACUUGCUGGUCAACACCACCACCAAGUUGGCGGCGGCUGAGGCUGCAAAAGGCGUGCCAGGGGGCAAGAAAUUCGCGACGAAAGAAGCCAAUGUCAACGGGUUCCAAAGGCUGUACACCCUUGCGCAGUGUACGCCGGACCUGAACGCCUCCAGUUGCGGUACCUGUCUCAAUGACGCCAUAGGACGGCUUCCCAUAUGCUGCUCUGGAAAGCUUGGGGGAAGAGUUCUGUUUCCUAGUUGUAAUGUUAGGUACGAGGUCUAUCCCUUUCACAAUCAAAAUGCAACAGCCCCGCCACCGGCAACCACCCCACUGCCGCCGCCUCCACCUUCUACAUCGAGUUCUAAAGGUACUGUUUUCCCAUGGCCAGGAAAACGAAAAAUCUCAGCCCCAACAAUCCUCUCCAUUGUCGUCCCAAUAGCUGGCGCUAUGCUCGUCCUAUUUAUAUUGGGAUUCUUUUUCCUAACCAAGAGAGCAAAAAAGAAGUACACGUUGGCUAAAGGAGGUGACGAUAUUACUACCCCUGAGUCCUUGCAAUUUGAUUUGGCUACAAUUGAAGCUGCGGCAAACAAGUUCUCAGCUGAGUAUAAGUUAGGUGAAGGGGGAUUUGGUGAGGUUUACAAGGGCACACUUACUAAUGGACAACAAAUAGCUGUAAAGAGGUUAUCAAAAGGUUCUGGCCAAGGUGCAGAAGAAUUUAAGAAUGAAGUUGUAGUAUUAGCUAAGCUUCAACACAGAAACCUUGUGAGAUUGUUGGGAUUUUGCUUGGAAGGAGAAGAAAAGUUGCUUGUCUAUGAAUUUGUUCCCAACAAAAGUCUUGAUUCCUUUCUAUUUGACAUUGAGAAACAAGGAGAGUUAACGUGGUCCAUACGUUACAAAAUUAUAGGAGGGAUUGCUCGAGGCAUUCUAUACCUUCACGAAGAUUCUCAACUUAGAAUUAUACACCGUGAUCUCAAAGCUAGUAAUAUUUUAUUAGAUGCUGAUAUGAACUCAAAAAUUUCUGACUUUGGACUGGCAAGAAUAUUUGAUAUUGAUCAAACUCAAGCAAAUACAAAUAGAAUUGUUGGUACAUAUGGUUAUAUGUCUCCAGAAUAUGCAAUGCACGGACAAUUUUCCCUUAAAUCUGAUGUGUAUGGUUUCGGUGUCUUGAUCCUAGAAAUUAUUAGUGGCAAAAAGAACAGUAAUUUCUAUCAAACAAAUUAUGCUGAGGACCUCUUGAGCUACGCUUGGAAGCUGUGGAAGGAGGGAAAUCCCUUGGAAUUAUUGGAUCCAACACUAGAACAUUCUUAUUCAGAGAAUGAAGUUAUGAGAUGCAUUAACAUUGGGCUACUAUGUGUUCAAGAAGAUCCAGAAGACAGACCAACAAUGAAGACAAUAGUUCUUAUGUUUAACAGUUACUCAGUCACCUUGGCAGUGCCGAAUCAGCCUGCAUUUUAUAAUAGAACCGAUGCGGACAUGCCAUCAAUGGGACUAAGGUAUAAUGAAUCUAGAACCGUUGGAUUUCUAGAAUCUACAAAUGAGGCAUCAAUAAGCGAAUUAUAUCCUCGUUGA